GAGCCUCAGAAGUUCCCGUCCAGAAUCAAUGCGCGUUACUUCUUGUUGUUUCCUCGGACUCGGACUGUGUGUAUGCAGCUGCGGCAGGGGACCAAUCUUAGUGUUGUCAGCGGGUCGUCCCAGCUCAUAUUUUCACUUCUUGUGGUAGGGCUUUCUCUUGCCCCGGGUCUAGAUGCCCAUGGCUCAGCGCCGGCUGGAAAGAGAAAAUGCAGAUCAUGGUCCUACCUGGAAGUAUUUCUGAGAGUGAUCCUCAUUUUAUGGAAAACUGAAGGAAGGUUUUUCAGUUUUAAAAGCCUUGGAUUUGCUAUCUAUUGAAAAUUCUGUUUCUGGUCCCUUUAUGAAUGGUAGAAAUAAAAGCAAAUGGAUAGUCUUAAUCAGAUAAGUGCUUUUUUAGGCUAAAUAUGUUUUAUUAUUUGUAAUCUCUAAUCUAAACUUUAUUCUUUAACCCAUUUCCUGAUUGCCCUGCGAAUACUAGCUGGCGGUUGCAACAUUUACCCCAAGGUAAACUUGUGGAUUACAAUCCUAACCUUACCCCCAAAGUUUGUUAUGAAUAUCUCGCUCUAGUAUAUGGAUAGUCUUUGGAAACAAAUGACGUCAUUCAAUUUAUAGCAUUCUGUUUUUAGUAGUGGUAUUUCUAUUUAUAAAAUAUAGUAAUUCUCAAACGCUGAAAAUGUCAAAUCGUAGAAAACGCAGGCUACUAAUGUUAAACAUCGUUCUCGAACAGUUGUUAGCCAAAGAUUCAUUUGAUGAAUCUGAUUUUUCCGAAAUAGACGAUUCUGAUGAUUUUUCAGAUAAUGUUUCAGAAGACUGUACAGUCAGGCCUUCGUCCGAUUUGAAAUCUGAUGGAAAUAUCCCUACGUCAGCUAACUCAUGUCACGCUCUGAAAUGGUCAACUUGUGUUAUGAUUCCACGUCAGAGGUAUGACUUUACUGGCACACCUGGCAGAAAAGUUGAUGUCAGUGAUACUACUGACCCACUUCAGUAUUUUGAACUGUUCUUUACUGAGGAAUUAGUUUCAAAAAUUACCAGCGAAACUAAUGCCCAAGCUGCCUUGUUGGCUUCAAAGCCACCUGGUCCAAGAGGAUUUCCACGAAUGGAUAAAUGGAAAGACACUGACAAUGAUGAACUAAAAGUCUUUUUUGCAGUAAUGUUACUACAACGUAUUGUACAGAAACCCGAGCUGGAGAUGUUUUGGUCGACAAGGCCUCUUUUGGAUACACCUUAUCUUAGGCAAAUUAUGACUGGUGAAAGAUUUUUGCUUUUACUUCGGUGCCUGCAUUUUGUCAACAAUCAUUCUAUAUCCGCUGGUCAAUCAAAGGCCCAGGUUUCAUUGCAGAAGAUUAAACCUGUGUUUGACUUUCUUGUAAAUAAGUUUUCAACUGUUUAUACUCCAAACAGAAACAUUGCAGUCAAUGAAUCACUGAUGCUAUUCAAGGGGCAGUUAGCUCUGAGGCAGUACAUCCCAAUGAAACGAGCACAGUGUGGUCUCAAGCUCUAUGUACUUUGUGAAAGUCAAUCUGGUUACGUGUGGAAUGCACUUGUUCACACAGGGCCUAGUAUGAAUUUGAAAAAUUCAGCUGAUGGUCUGAAAUCGUCACGCAUUGUUCUUACCUUGGUCAGUGACCUUCUUGGCCAAGGAUAUUGUGUCUUCAUCGGUAACUUUUAUACAUCUCCCAUGCUUUUCAGAGAAUUACAUCAAAACAGGACUGAUGCAGUUGGGACAGCUUGUUUGAACACAAAACAGAUGCCAAUUGAUUUGAAAAAAAGGAUUGCAAAGGGGACAACUGCAGCCAGAUUCUAUGAUGAACUUAUGGCACUGAAAUGGUAUGACAAAAAGGAGGUGAUAAUGUUGUCAACAUUCCACAGUGAUACUGUGAUUGAAGUAGACUGCAGAAAUGGCAAGAAAACUAAGAAGCCUUGUGUCAUUGUGGAUUAUAACAAGAAUAUGGGAGCAGUAGACUUGGCUGAUCAGAUGCUUGCUUCUUAUCCUACUGAGUGCAAAAGGCACAAGUUUUGGUAUAAAAAAUUCUUUCGCCACCUUCUAAACAUUACAGUGCUCAACUCCUACAUCCUGUUCAAGAAGGACAAUCCCGAACACACAAUCAGUCAUGUAAACUUCAGACUGACGUUGAUUGAAAGACUGCUGGAAAAGCAUCACAAGCCAGGGCAGCAACAUCUUCGAGGUCGCCCAUGCUCUGAUGAUGUCACACCACUUCGCCUGUCUGGAAGACAUUUCCCCAAGAGCAUACCACCAACAUCAGGGAAACAGAAUCCAACUGGUCGCUGCAAAGUUUGCUGCUCGCACAACAAGGAUGGCAAGAAGAUCCGGAGAGAAACGCGGUAUUUUUGUGAGAAAUGUGAUGUUCCGCUUUGUGUUGUUCCUUGUUUUGAAAUUUACCACACGGAAAAAUAUUAUUAAAUACUGAUCAUCAUAUACAUUUUUUACAUUAGGAUUAGAGACAAGUUCUGUGCAGAAAUAACUCCAAGAACAGUUAUAUUUUAUUUUCACAUUGAAAACCACUUAGAUUUUCUUUGGCCUCAAAGAGUUUAUGUAAAAUUAAUGCUGGCAGUGAGCUGCACUUUUUUUCUAAACAGGAAAUGGGUUAAAACAUUUUUUUUUUCUUUUUUAGGUACCAGUAUCAAGGUUUACAGUAAGCAAGGUACUCAAAUCUUUUCUUAGUUAAAUGUAUGAGUUGUUAAAUGUAUGAGUUGUAAAAUGUAACAGGUAAUUUUACAUUAAAAAAGCCAGGGUAUGAGUUGUUCUUGAGUUGUUUGUAGUUAGCUGUUCAUGUAAAAGAUUUGCUCUUUGAACUACACAGAUGCUCAAAGUUCAGCAAUGCCCUUGCUGCUAAAAACUCAGUGCCUAGAUUACCUUCUUAAGAAAACAUAACUGAAUGGUGUAAUACUGUCAUGAGCCCAAUAAAUGGUGUAUAUAUGUGGUAUACUUGGCUUGAGUUCAAAUUGUUUUUUUUUCUUGCUGAGUGCUACUGUUCUGGUUAUGACAAUUCUUGCAGGCAACAAUACUGAUUAUUCCUCAGUAACCAUUCUGUUUACAGAGCACUUCCAUGUAGUCUCACUUAUCAUUUAGCAUAAAAUAUGGGUGUUUUUAUUUGAACUUUACAGAUCCAGAAAUGUUUUAAUUGAUGGAAUAGCAACUUUAUGGAUACUUAAAUCCACUCCUCACCACAAUAAAAUAUUCUUGACUUUC